CCUUCCAUCAUUUCCACUUCAUGUGAAUGCUGAGUGGGAUCUGGAACAAAUAGCACAGAAACAAAACUUUCACAGUCACUUAUCUCAGGCAAGCAGUUACAACCUGGGGAUGGCCCCCAAAUCCUUGGAUCCAAGCCUUUCGUUACAUCAGUGGCACUCUACCUCCAAGAAGUUUAGGACUUAAUGUAACUCAAGAGGAACCGCUUUACUGAAGAAAGAGCCAAAACACAUACUAGAGCUUAGUAUAGAGAAGAGGGUCAUAGGUUUUCCAGAAAAAAGCAUAGAGCAGCACAAGACACAAGUGACUAAUGUGGACGUGGCACCAAGUCUACCAUAUCAAGUCAAGGACAGCAUAAAGGUAACUCCAUUGGCAUUACUUCAGGCCAUAGAGUCAAUGGCGAUGAUCCCAGAAGCACAUUCAGAAUCUGUGGUUUGUUCACAGCUGCCAAGUCAAGUUGUGAAACCAAUGGAAACUAUGAAAACAAUGAGCAUAACCCCCAAACCACCAAAUCAAGUCAUCCAGUCAAUGGAGGCAGCCCCAAGGCCAAAGCACCAAGUUGUGGAAUCAGAGAGGAUGACCACGAGAUUACUGAAUCAAGUCACAGAUAAUGAGAAAGCAACUCCUGUAGCACUGCUUCAAGUUAUGGAUUCUAUGGGGAUGAUUAACAAAUAUCCACACACAGAAUUAGUGGGAACGACUUCAACACCACAACAUCAAGCCAUAGAGUCAGUGAAGAUGAACACAAUAUUGAAGCAUCAAGUCACAAAACCAGAAAAGAUGAAUGUAAGGCCACAACGUGCAGUUAUGGAAACUGUGGAAAUGAUGCCAGCGCCACAGCAUAAAGUCAUGGAAUCAGUUGACAUGACCUCAGGAUCACAAAGUCAAGGAAAGACUAUUCCAGGGCCAAUAUGUCAAGGCACAAAGUCAUCGGAAGUGAUCUCAGCACCAUUACAUCAAGUGGAAAAAUCUAUUGGGUUGACCCAACCAUCUUUAGGAACUACUCCAGGGCCACUGAGUCAAACUUCAGAAUCUGUGGAGAUGAGCUCAAUGUCAUUCCAAGACACUCUUGAGACAAUGCACCAACUUGGAAAAGCAAUGGGGGAAACUCCAGUAUCACAACACACAACAAAAGAAUCUCCAGAUUUGAUACCAGGAUCAGAGAUACAAAGUGUGAAAUUAGAAGUGUUGACCACAGAGCAACAGCCCCAUGAUAUGAAGUUUGUUCAUGGCAAUCUAGGGCCAUGCUUAGAAAUUACUGAGUUGUCAGAGACACCCCCCACCUCAGAACAUAAAGACCCAGAAACUGUGGGGUUGGCAUUGCCUCAAGUUGGUAAGACCCAGGGAGUUAUCCCACUACCACUAGAUUCAGAAACAGGAGUUCUGGAGUUGACUCCAGGACCAGAUAUGCAGUAUGAGAAAUCAGAGCCACUACUGCAAUAUUUGAAAUCUGCAGAGUUAACCAGUGAGUCAUCUCUAGUGAUAGGAUCUAAAAAGUUAAUUACAGCCAAACCACAUGUUAUGGACCUGACCCCAGGGCCACAGGUCCAGGGAGGAAAGUCUAUGCAGUUGGAUCUAGAGUCACAGUUGCAAGACGCAAAACAUGUGAAUUUAAUCCAACAGUCAACUACAGGAGUGGGAAAAUCCAGAGGAGAUGAUACUGGAUCUACGCUACAAAGUAUGCCAUUGGAGGAUUUGACUAAGAGGGCAGAGCUCCAAGAUGUAAACUCUGUGGAUUUAAAUCGCCCAUGUCAGCCAAGUGUCAAAUCUGGAUUGACCCCAGGGCCACAGUCACAAAGUGUCAGGUUUUCAAAGGUAUUUACAGGGCCACUUCUUCAAGGAGAAAAACCUGUAGAUUUAAUCUCACAACCCCUACAUUGUGCAAAAUCGGAUGAACGGACCUCGGAUUCCCCAGUUCAGUACAUCACAUCAGAUUUCAUCCCAGACCUAACACCCCAAAGUGUCAAAUUUGUACAGCUGACUCCAGAAACACAACCUCAAGGUGUGAAAUUUGUGGAGCUAAACCCAGGACUAGGCUUGCAAGAUGAAUUUUCUGAUUCGAUCCCAGGGUCAAAGCACCAAGGUUUCAAACAGGUGCAGAUGACACCAGGAACUCAGCCUGAAGAUAUAAAGUCUCCAGGUUUUAUGCCACAGUCGUCUUUGCAGUUAAGCCAAGGGCCACAUGUUGAAGACAUGAAAUCUGUUCUGUCUGCUGAAGGAUCACAGUUUCACAGGAUGAAAUCUGCAAAACUGACCUCAGAACUACCAGUUCAAAGUGCAAAAUCUGAGGAAGUAAACCUAGGGCCUUGGCAAAAUCUCAAAUUUUCUGAAUUGACUUCAAGGCCAAAGCUGCAAGGUGUCACAUUUGGGGAUCAAACUGCAGGAUCAGUGGUUCAUAGUGUGAAUUCUGUAGAGGUGGUUCCAGAGUUAGGGCUGCAAGAUUCCACAUUAGCAAAGAUGUCUCAAGGAACUCAAAGCAUGAAACAGGAAGGGCUUAACCGAGAGCUGCAGCUACGAGAUGUCAAAAUUUUUGAUUUAGUACCAGGAACUCAACCUCAGGGUGUGAAAUCUUUAGAGUUAAACUCAGGACCACAGCUACAAUGUGUACAAUUUUUAGAGUUGACCCCAGGGCCAAAGAUGCAAGGGGUACCACCUAUGGCAAUGGCUCCAGGGCCAGAGGGGCAAGGGGUUAAUCCUCAGUUGUUAGUACCAGAGCCACUGUUUCAAGAUGUAAAAUAUGUAGUAGGCAAUCAAGUGCCAAGCCUUAAAGCUGACGUUUCCAGUAAAUUAAUCUCAGAGCCACAAAUGCCAGAUGCAGAAUCCAUGGGGUUGACUCCAGGACCACAGCUGCCCCGUGUAAAUCAUUCUGAGUUAACCAGAAAACCACAGUUACAAGAUAGGAUAUCUUCUGGAUUGACACAAGGACCACAGUUCCAAGACGUAAAUCCUGUGGAGGAGAGCCUAGUCUUAAAACUUCAAGGUUUCAAAUAUGAAAAGCUAACCCCAGAGCCACAGCUAGAAGAUAUGAAAUCUGUGGAAUUAGUCCCUGGGCCACAUUUGGGAGAUAUGAAAACUAGGCAGCUAACACCAGAGCCAGAAUUGGAAGAUGUCAAAUCUAUCAUGUUAACCCAAGAGCCACAGGCAGGAGGUGUAAAACUUGAGGAGGUAACCCCAGGCUCAAAGCUCCGAUCUGAGUUACUGGUCUCACAGUCACAGUUAGAAGAUAUGAAAUCUGUGACCUUAACUCCAGGACCAUGCCUGGAAGGGAUGAAAUCUAUGGAAAUAACUCCAAGUCCACAGCAGGAAGGUGGGAAAUCUGUGGCAAUAAGCUUACAGUCACAGAGAGGAGAUGUCAGAGCUGUGGAAUUCAUCCCUGAUUCGGAGCUUCAAGAUGUAAAAUCUGCGGAGUUGGUUCCAGAUACACAGCUGCACGAUAUGAAAGCUGUGAAAUUAAAAUUUGGGCUAAAGAUGCAAGGUGAGAGGCCUAUGGCUUUUGCACCAGAGCCAUUGCCUCAAGGGGUUAAAUCUAUGGAGAUGCUUCAAAGGCCUCAGCUACAAAGCAUGAAACCUAAGGAACUGACUUCAGUCCCACAAAUGCAAGAUAUGAAAUUUGUGGAGAUUACUCCACGUUUAAAGCUUCAAAGUUUAAAAUCUAUAAAGGAGACUCAAGAUCCACAUCUGCAAUGUGUAAAAUCUGUAAAGCUUGCACCAAGGCAGAAGAGACUGGUAGUAAAAUCUGUGACUGUAACCAGAAGACAAGAGUUUGAAGAAGUAAAACCUGUGGAUUUAACCCUUGAGCCAGAACAGGAUGGUCAGAAAUCUGUAAACUCACUAGAGCAGCAAUGUGUGAAUUUUGAGCAAGUAAAGAGAGGGUCUGAGUCAGAAGGUAUAAUGUCUUUGGAGUUAAUUCCAGAGUCAAAAUCUGAAGGUAUAAAAUCUGUAGACCUCAAGUCUGACCCACAGUCAAAAGGUAGAAAAGCAUCUGAGUUGACUCCAGAACCAAAUAUGCAAGAUGUAAAAGCUGAAGAGUUCAAACAUGAACCACAGUUGCAAAGUCUGAAAUGUCCCAAGUUGACUCCAGGACCACAGUUGCACCAAGCGAAACCUUUGGGCUCAACUGCAAAGCCACAGCUUCAAAGUGUGAAAAUCAUGGAGUUAAACAAAGAGCCAGAGCUUGGAAGAAGAAAAUCUGUUCAGUGGAUAACAAGACCUGAGUUCCAAGGUGUAAAAUCCGUAGGAUUAAAUCUUGGGCCACAAUCUCCAAGUGUCAAAUCUGCAGCGUACAAACUUUCCUUACAGUUGGGAGAUAUGGUAGCAUCUAAAUUGGUUCUAGCACCAAAACUUCAAGGUGCAAAACCUAUGCAGUUUAACCUUGGGGCACAGUUGCAGUGUGUAAAAGCCCCUGAGUUGUCUGCUGGACCACAAUUACAAAAAGGGAAAGUUUUGGCUUCAGGCUCAGAGCCACAAGUUCUAGGUGUGAAAACUGUGGAGUUAAACCAAGACUCACAGCUUGGAAGUGUGAAAUCAGUUCAGUGGAUACCAGGACCUGAGUUCCAAGGUGUGAAACCUACAGGGUUAAAUCUUGGUUCACAAUCUCAAGUUGUCAAACCUGCGGAGUUGAAAUCUUCCAUAGAGUCAGGAGGUGUAAAGUCAUCUCAACUGCCUCUAGGGCCAAAACUUCAAAGUGCAACAUCUAUGGAGUUUAACCUCGAGUCCCAGGUGCACUGUGUGAAAGCUGCUGAGUUGUCUCAAGGACCACAGCUGCAAAAAAGGAAAAGUCCAGCAUCAAGCCCAGAGCCACACCUUCAAGGUGUGAAAACUGUGGAGUUAAACCAAGACUCACGGCUUGGAAGUGCAAAAUCUGUGCAGUGCAUACCAGGUCCUGAGUUCCAAGAUGGAAAAACUGGAGGGCUGAAUCUUGGUUCACAAUCUCGAGGUGUCAAACCUGCAGAGUCGAAAUCCUCCGUAGAGUCAGGAGGUGUAAAAUCAUCUGAAUUGAUUCUAGGGCCAAAAAUUCGAAGUGCAAAACCUGUGGAGUUUAACUAUGGACCAUGGUUGCAAUUUGUGAAAACUCCUAAGUUGUCCCAAGGACCACAGUUGCCGAAAGGGAAAAUUCUGGCAUCAACCUCAGAGCCACAGCUUAAGGGGGUAAAAACUGUGGAGUUAAACCAAGACUCACAGCUUGGAAGUGUGAAAUCUGUGCAGUGGAUACCAGUACCUGAGUUCCUAGGUAUGAAAUCUAUGCUAAAAUGUGGUUCACAAUCUCAAGCUGUCACACCUAUAGAACUGAAAACUUCAAUACAACUAAGAGAUGUGAAGUCAUCUGAGUUGACUCCAAGGCCAAAGCUCCACAGUGUACCACCUUUGACAUCACUCCAGAAACAUCAGGUGCCAGUGUUCAAAACUAUUGAUUUGAAAUCUGGGUUACAGUUGAGAAGUGUGAAGUCAUGUGGCCCAAUUUUAACAUCAAAGCUCUGUGAUAUAAAAUCUAUGGCAUUCAAACCUGGGCUUCAUUUGCAAGAUGUGAAAUCUUCUGAGUUGACCCCAAGACCACAGCGGCACAAAGUGAAACAUUUGCAGGCAUAUCCAAGAACACAGCAGCAAGAUGUGAAGUCUCUAGUGUUUACACAAGAGUCACAGUUUUCAGGGGUGAAAUCUAAAGUAUUAAGCCAAGAGCUACAAUUACAAAGUGAUAAAACUGUAGGGUUCAACUUCUUACUGCACUUGAAAAGCACGAAAUCAUCCGAGUUGGCUCAGACAAAGCUUCCAGGUAUGAAAUCUGAGGAGUUUAGCUCUUGGCCACAAUGGCAAUGUGUCAAAUCUUUUAAGUUGAACCCUAAGACGAAGUCCCAAGACAUGAAAUUUAUAGAGUUAAACCCCAGCUCACAGUUGAAAAAUAUCCCACAUUCUGAUUUGACCAUGAAGACCAAGAUUCAAGAUGUCAAAUCUACAGACUUCAAACCUGGGCCACAGUUGCAAAGAGUGAAAUCUUCUGAGUCGAUAUCAAAGACAAAGCUUCAAGAAGUGAAGUUAGUGGAAUCCAACUCAGGCCCACAGUUGCAAGAUUUGAAAUCUUCUAGGUCGAUCAUGGGUAUACUGCUUCGAGACAUUAAAUCUAUCGUUUUCAGUUCUGGACCACAUUUACAGAGUGUGAAAUCAUCUGAAAUGAUUCCAGGGGUGAAGCUUCAGGGUGUGAAACCUGUAGACUUCAAACCUAGUCCAAAGUUACAAAGUGAAAAAUCUGAUUUGACCCUGGGGAGAAAGUCUCCAGGUGUGAAAUCUGUAGAGCUGAAAUCAGGCCCACAGUUACAAGAUAUAAAAUCUUCCAAUCUGAUCAUGGGUAUAAAGCUUCCAGAUGUAAAAUCUGUGAAGCUCAGUUCUGGACAACACUUUCAAGGUAUAAAAUCUUCUGAGGUAACCUCAGGGACAAGGCUUCAAAGUAUGAAAUCAAUGUAUUUCAAUUCUGGACAACAGAUACAAGGUGAAAAAUCUUCUGAGUUGAUUCAAGGAACAAACUAUCGAGAUGUAAAAUCUGUAGACUACAACCAUGGUCCAAAGUUACAAGGUGUGACAUCUUCUCAGUUAACCCCAGAGACAAAGCUUCAAGGUGGGGAAUCUGUGGAGUUCAACUCAGGCCCACAGUGGCAAGAUGUGAAAUAUCAUAACUCAAUCAAGGGGACAGAGCUUCAAGACGUAAAAUCUAAGGAGUUCAGUUCUGAUUCACAAUUACAAGGUACGAAAUCUUCUGAAGAGAUCCCAGUGACAAAGCUUCAAACAGUGAAAUCUGUGGGGCUCAUGCCUAGGCCAGUGCAGCAAGAUGUAAAAUGUUUUGAAUUGUCGCUAGGUACAAAGGUACAGGAUAGGACUUCGUUGGGGUUAAACUCAACCUCACAGUUACAAGAUAGAAAAUUAUUUAUGUCGACACCAGGGAUACAACAUCAAGGUGUGAAAUCUGUAGAAUUCAAUCCUGGGGCAAAGUUGCAAGAUAUGAAAUCUGGGUUGAUAAAGCCUCAGACAGUGAACUCUACAGAAGGCAACGAUGACCCAGAAUUGCAAGUUGCAGAACUCUCUAAGUUGGCCUUGGAAUCAAAGAUUCACAGUGUGGCACCUUCUGAGUUCAAUACUGAAAAGCAGCAGCAAGAUGAGAAAUCUCAUAUAUUGAAUCUGUGGCCAGACCUUCAAAGUGUUAAAUCUAUGGGAUUCGAUCCUGAGCCACAUUUGCAAUAUAGGAAACCUUCAGAAUUAUGUACAGGGACAAAGCUUCAAGAUGUAAAAUCUAUGAAAUUCAAUCUUCAGGAAAAGUUGCAAGGUGUGAAAUCUGAGUUGCACUUUGGAACAAGGCUUCAAGGUAUACAAUCUUUAGAUUUCAACCCUGGGCCACAGUUGCAAGGAAUAAAAUCUGCCAAGUUUAAUCCUGGGCCUGAGCUUCAAGGUAUGAAAUCUAAGGUGUUCUGCCUUGGACCACAUUUGCAAGAUGUGAAUUCUUCCGCAUCCAUUCCAGAGCCACCACCUCAGUGUGCAAAUUCUAUUGUGUGCAACCGUGGGCCAUGUUUUCAAGGUGUAAAUUCUUCUGCAUCUAUUCCAGGCCCUAAACUUCAGUGUGUAAGUUCUAAUGGGUUCAACUCUGGGUCAAACUUGCAAGGUAUUAAUUAUUCUGUAUCCAUUCAAGAACCACCACUUCAGGGUAUAAAUUCUAUUGAGUAUAAUUCUAGGCCAGAUCCACAAAGUGUGAAUUCUUCCACAUCCAUUCUAGGGCCCAAACUUCAGAGUGUUAAUCCUAAUGGGUGCAACCCUGGGUCAUAUUUGCAAGGUGUGAAUUCUUCUGCACUCACUCCAGAGCCACCACUUCCGUGUGUAAAUUUUAAUGGGUGCAAUCCUGGGCUGCACUUGCAAGGUGUAAAUUCCUCUGCACCCAUUCCAGGGCCAAAACUUCAGAGUGAAAAUUCUAUUGGGUGCAGCCCAGGGCCACAUUUGCAAGGUGUGAAUUCUGCAUUAAUGCCACAGCCACAAGCUCUGUGUGUAAAUUCUAUUGGGUGCAACACAGAGCCAUAUUUACAAGGUAUGAAAUCUCCUGAAUUAACUUCGGUUUCAAAACUUCAAGGUAUGAAGUGUUCUGAAUUGAACCCAGGGACAAAAAUUCAAAGCAAGACAUCUUUAAUGGUCAACCUUAGACCAUGUUUGCAAGAUUUAGAAUCUGAUUUGACACCAGGGUCAAAGUUUCUACGUGUAGCACCUUUGGAAUGCAACCCUGGGCCACAGGUGCAGUGUGCAAGUUCUUCUGAGUUGAAUCCAGGGCUAAAGUUACGAUGCGUAAAUUCUAUGGAGUGCAAACUUGAGCCACACUUGCAAGGUGUAAAAUCAGGGUCAAAAUUUCAAGUUAUGAAAUCUGAGUUGGAUCCAGGGCCAGAGCUUCACAGUAUAAAAUCUGUUAUGUUCAGCUCUGCGCAACAUUUACAAGAUGUAAAAUGUGAACUGACUUCAGGGACAAAAUUUCAAGAUAUAACACCAAAGGAGUUCCACUCUGGCCCACAGCUGCAAGGUAUGAAUUCUUCUGGGUUGAAUUCAGAGUCAGAAUUUCAAUGCAUAAAUUCUAUCAACUUGAAUCCAGGGCCACAGAUACGAGACAUGAAGCCCUCCGAAUUGAACCCUGGGUCAGAAUCUCAAGGUAUGAAAUCUAUUCUGUUCAAUCCCAGACCACAGUUGCAAGGUGUGAAAUCUUCUGAGUUAAGUCCAGGGACUAAGUUUCAAGGAGUCCAAUUUUGGGGGAAGCACCUUGGCUCACAGCAAGCUGUGCAACCUGCAUUCACUCUGGGUCCUCAGAUAAAUGGUACAAAAUCUGAGGUAUUUUUACCAGAUCCACUGCUUAAAGUUGUAAAAUCUGUGGACAUAAAUAAGCAGCCAUUGCUUUAUGAUGCAAAUUCUGCAAAAAUGAUUUCAGCCUCUGAGCUACCGGACUUAAAAUAUGAGGUAUUUACGCUAGAGCCAUGUUUCCAAAAGGCAAAAUCUGUGGAGUUAAAACCAGAACCAUAUCCUCCAUGUAUGAAAUCCGUGGAGUUAAAACCAGAACCAUAUCCUCAAGGUGUGAAAUCCGUGGAGUUAAAACCAGAACCAUAUCCUCAAGGUAUGAAUUCUGAGGAGGUGCAUUCACACCUCAGGCAGCAUAAUGUAAGAUCUAUGCUAUUUGUAUCAGAGCCACUUUCUCGAGAUGUGAAAUCUGUGAAGCCAACUCUAUGGCCACAACCUCAAAGUGUAAAUUCUUUGACAUCAUGCUUUAGGUCACAAUGCAUUAAAUCUGUGGCCUUUGCACCGAAGCUAUGUUUUCAAGAUGUAAAACCUAUGGAGCUGACGCCAGGGGCCCAACAGCAAGGUAUAAAUUAUCAGGAGUUGACUUCAGGAUGGCAAGAUGUGAAAUCAAUGGUGCUGGCACCAGAGCCAACUAGGAAGUUCUCAUCAGGACCAAUGUUGGCUAGUGUCAGAUUUUCAAAUUUGUCUCCAGAAUCACAGCAUCAAGCCAUGAAAUCUUUGGAGUUUACUCUAGAGUCAAAGUUGCAAAGUGUAAAACAUGUGAAAUUGUCUUCAGUGUCUCUGCAGCAAGAAAAAGUUGUUCAGUCUGAGAAAGCGACCCCUGGACCACCAUUUCAAGUUGUAAAGUCUAGGACAACGCCAAGGCCCACCCCUCAAGUGGUACAAUAUAUUGAGUUGACUCCAAAACUGCAAGAUGUGCAACCUUGCACACAAAGGAAGGCUAAAAUUCAUACUCAAGCUUCCAGGAGUUCUACUUCCACAGCAGAUUUGCAGUCUGGGUCCUCCCAGUCCCCUGCUCCUGUACUAAUCGACAUCAGAGGAAGACAACACAGCAGCCCUGACCUGGAAGAAAAGACAAUAAUUAGAGCAUGUAGACACUAUGAAUCCAUUCAGGUUCACACCCUAUCAGAGAGUGACUCUGAAAUCACUCAGAAUGAGAAACGGGCUAAAGUGAGAACCAAAAAGACCUCUGGUUCAAAAUAUCCAAUGAAGAGAAUGACCAAGGGCCUUAGAAAACACAGAAAGUUCUACACAAGCAGUAGAACCACAAAAGAGAGACCCUCUAGGGAAUUACAAGCCCAUUUAAGAAGGAAGACGAUUGGAGCAGCUCAGACAAGUACUGCCUUCUUAAAAAGACAACCUAAGAAACCUUCCCAACCCAAGUUCAUGCAACUGCUUUUUCAGGGCCUACAGCGGGCAUUCCAAACAGCAUACAGAGUUAUAGCUUUUGCUGGGCAGAAGCCUGUGGACAGGACAAUCCCAGACAAUGUGUGGGCAAGCAAAAACUAUUAUCUGAAACAAAAUGGCAGGGACUAUUGCAUACCCAGAAAUCACAAAAGAGACAGGAGGUCAGCUGACAAGCCAAAGUCAGCAGGCUCAACCAUUAAGCAGGAGGACAUAUUGGGGGAAGGAAGAGACCAGUGCAGAUCAGCUCAACAGCCAAGAAGAGCUCACCCUUUCCAACCCAGACCUCUUCAACUUCCCAAGCCCACAGGUUCCCAAAGUGAUAGCACUUUCCAAGCUGCCUCAGUGGAGCAGCUUUUGGGAACUGUCCAAAAGGACAGGAGUAGCAGAUCAAAGAAAAAUGAAAUCUUUAGCCAUGAGUCUAAGAACUUGCCCACACCAGGAACCAGAGUUCAGGCCCGAGGAAGAAUGCUACAUUGUUCCCCUGUGAAGAGAACCUGGCACCGUCCCCUUAAAGAGAAACUCACACACGAGGAGCAAAACCACCCCAGCUUCUAUAGGGACAGAACCCCACACAGUCCUGAGAGAACCGGUCAUAACCGCUGUUGGAGAAACCAUCGUAGUCCCUCCAAGAGGAGCCACUGCGGUCCCUCGGAGAGGAGCCGUCACAGUCCUUCAGAUAGAAGAUUUCGCAGUCCAUCUCAAAGAAAUCAACACAGUCCCAUGGAGAGAAGUCUUCACCGUGCUGCCCUUUCCAGCCUUUUUUCCUGUUCAGCCAUUGCCUCCAGUUUCUGCACCCCCAGCCUGGAAAGGCUUCCAUGUCUCUCUACAGGGGGUGGCAUGUGAGAUUCAUUCUCUAAUAAAGUGGCAAUAACUGAUCUCCCUGUGCAUCUAGACUGAGGCCACUGGGUGGGUGGGUAGGGAAGGCAGGGUGGUGGGACACGAGGAGUUGUGCAAAGGCUCGGAAUGAGAGCAGGGUUUUAAGGCCGGGCAGAGGCUCCAAGCUCCGCCCCUUCAUUUCAGACCCCAUCCACAGGUUCCCAGGUUCUUUGUCACAAUCCCCAGUGAGGCCGAGUCUCAGGAAUCAAAGGGUUACUCAUCACGUGACUUGCUCCAGCUGCAGCCCCCUCGGAAGCUGCCAGGCAGAAGUGGACUUUCAGAAGAGGGCUAGGUGGGGGCCGAGCCCACAUCCGGGAUAGGCGAGGAGAGCGGAAGUGGCGUUGGUCUGGCCGGAGUCCUUUGGCGAAAUUGUUAGGCGUGGAGAGGGAGUGAUGUCUUCCAGACUAGGCGCUGUACCCCUGAGUUUCUUGGUUUGACCGUCAUGCUUUAGAGGUAGCGCUGUUGAGCACAGAACACGCAGUCUCUCGCUUUUGUCCCAUGCGCAGAGUUGGUUUUAUCAGAGGCUAUCGUAGGCCCCACCCUUCUAGAUCAGAUCACCUGUUCCCUUUUUCUUUACCCACGUUCUGCUGCCUGUUCCCCACCUCCUUGGAUUUAAUUCCUCGCCACAUUGCCAUUAGUUUCUAUUUCUUUACAUCCCCAGUGUCUCUCAUAUUCGUUGUCUUUUCUUUUGGCCUCUUUUUUAGAGCCUCGGACAGGGCUUUGAGAAUGGGGAGGACAAAGGCUCUCGUAUUGUUACCCGCCUUUGCACUACUGGAAGAUAGGACAGCACAGUUUUCCUAAAAAGUGUUGCCUUCUUCAGUUUGAGGUGGUUGCCCCGGGAGAGUUUCGUUUCUUCUGGGCAUAGGGGAAUUCGUCUUUUUGUGGUCGAGGUUCAGAGGUCCCUGGCACUCACUCAUCUGCUUGUGAUUUGCUAGACUUCGGGACCCACAACCUUUAAACAGCAGAGGAGCACGAGGAGCUAAAAAGUAAGUGAGGUUUUCUCAGGUCCUUUUAUGAUUGUGUCGCCAGAGCUGUCCAGUAGAACUUCUUCCUGUGAUGAAAAUGUUCUGUAUCUGCAUUGUCCAGUAACAUAGCCAGUAGCCCUGUGUGGAUUUUGAGCCAUUGAAAUGUGGCUAGUGCAACUGAGGGACUGAAUUUUAAAUUUUAUUUGCUAAGUAAGAGGUUUUUCUAAGGUUCUUUCAUGAUUGUGUGGUCAGUGCUGCCCAGUAGAACUUGUGACAAAAAUGUUCUGUAUCUGCACUGUUUAGUAUUGUAGCCACUAGCCCCUUAUGGCUUUUGAGCUCUAGAAGUGUGGCUAGUGUGACUGAGGGAUUGAAUUUUAAAUUUUAUUGUAUUUUAACUAAAUAGCCACCUGUAACUAGUGACUACUGGAUUAAACAGUGUACGUAUAAGCCUAGUGUGUGGGAGAGAAACCUAGCUUGCAAAAAAAGAGUACAAAUUAUAAUAAAAAUGGAGCCAAUGACUUAGUGGUAAUCCUGUAUUUCUCCAGACAUCACAUUCGUGCACAUAAAUACAUUGAUUUACUUGGGAUGGAUGAUAAAAAUGGCUGGAAGAAAUUCUUGUAUUUUUAAACUCCUUGGCUGUAAGACUGGUUUAUUAUUUAGAACACUGAAGGUACUUAGUGUAGGUUUAUUCUUACAAGGUUUAUUGCCAAGUUUAAAAUGAGGAAACUGAGGCCAGCAUAAGAAAAUUAAACACCAAUUUAUUUAACUCCCAGGCGAGGUUCCAUGGUCCCAGGGAAAGGGGCCAGGGAAGUUGCGCCUGACUUCUCUCAGGUGUGGGGUUUUAUAGGGAGGGAAGGCAUUCUGAUUGGCUGUGGAGAAACAAGACAUGGAUGGGGCAAGCAGUUAUUGGUAGGUAGGCGGGAUUUCCGGUGAGCGGGCUGGAUGGGGCAAAAUGCUAUUGGGCAGGUUUCGGCAGGGCUUCUUUUAAAUUUUGGUGGGGUUUUCCAAUGGCUGGCUAGGUGCUGAGUGCAGAGUUUAGUGUUGAGUGCAGACUCUGGUGUGGAGUGCAGAGAUGGGUAUUGGUGCCAAGUGCAGAGUCUGGUGCGGAGUGCAGAGGUGGGCAUGUGUUGAGUGCAGAUUCUGGUGACAUAAUUUUCAGGCAUGGAGAGGGAUGGGCAUGCCCGAGCUCCCGGUAAGGCAGCCGGCCUUACAUUCCAACCCUUUUGAUGAUACAGGACGCCGCUUCUUUCUGGCUACCUCCUGCUGAAUAGGGGCAGAGUGGGGGAAAGGGGUCAGUUGGCUGGUGCCUCAGUUGCGAGUUGGACACAGGGGUGAAGUAGCAUCUGGUUUAUGGCCACCCUGGAAAUUUCCAUUAUGCAGGCCUGUAAAAAUCUGAGGAAAAAUGGGGCUAGCAUUAGUAGAAGACACACAACAAUAACGGGGGUGAUAAUGGGAGCUAGCCAGGUAAGCAUGGGGGAUUGCCGCCAGUUGAGAGAUGAGGCUGGUGCACUCUGCUUCCUGCGGAGGUUCUCUUGGAGAUGAUAGAGAGUGUUGACAUUUUCUUCCACAAGGCCUAUUUCAUUGAUGCAAUAGCAGCACUGUGUCCUAGAGAAACAGACAGGUACCUCAUUUUUCUGCCAUUAGUAGGUCCAGGGCCUGUCGGUUCUGGAGAGUUACCUGAGCCAGUGAUGUGAUUUGUCGCUGGAGGGAGGCUAAAGAGGCGGUUGACGCUUCAGUAGCCGCACGGAGCUUGUCUUCCAGUUGAGCGGCUGAAGUGAUGCAAACUUUGGGGUUUGCAAUUACAUCUGUAUAAAUGAAGCAGCCCCAGUUGACGACCCAGGUGCAGUGCUUUAGGUGGGGGUUUCUGGACGUAGAUUGUAUACCUGCCUUAACUCUAUUGUUUCCGAACCAAAUGAUUCCGAGUCUACUUUGCAGUCCAGGCUGGACAUUGACUCCCUGACACAUAGCUAAGCUUUACUUUGAGUCUACCAAAUUCUGCUUUAUUUAAACUGCAUCUUGGCUCUACUAAAGGUUUACAAUCUUCUAGUAUGUGUUAUUAAGUAGACGUACAUAUUACAUAUUCAUAGAGUUCCAUUUGGAGCAUCUAUAAACUUCUUUUUAACAAUUAAAAAAUGGUAUUUGUGAAGUUAGUGACAGUUAAACAAAUCAAAUGGUUUCUUUGUCUCUAUGUGAAACUUGUCUGGGAUUAAGUUCCUUAGAGUUUUUUUCAGUUCUAGUAACCCCCAAACAGUUAUUUGGGUGGUAAAGCUUAUUGCCCAGAAAGCUGAUUUUUUUUUUUUUUUUUUUUUUUUGAGACUGAGUCUCACUCUGUCACCCAGGCUGGAGUGCAGUGGUGCAAUCUUGGCUCACUGCAACCUCUGCCUCCCAGAUUCAAGUUAUUCUCCUGCUUCAGCCUCCCCAGUAGCUGGGAUUACAAGUGCCUGUCACAUGCCCAGCUAAUUUUUGUAUUUUUAGAAGAGAUGGGGUUACACCAUGUUGGCCAGCCUGGUCUCGAAUUCCUGACCUCAAGUGAUCCACCGGCCUCAGCCUCCCAAAGUGCUGGGAUUACAGGCAUGAAGCACUGCACCCAGUCUGAUUUUUUAAAAGUCAAAUAAAAACAUUAUGUCAAUGUUCCAUUAUCAAAAAAUAGGAUAUUUGAUCUCUUCAGUAGAUCUUGUUGAUUAGUUACUAUAACUUUAUUUCCAUACAUUAUACAGCAGUUAUUUUUUAGAAUAUUCUUAGGAUCUAUGAGUUAAUUCACUUUUCAGAACUAACUACUUAGCAAUAUUAUCCUGCUUCAUGCUUGGUGGCGAAUUCUCCAGUGUUAUAUUCAGCUCCAAGAAUGAUAUUUGAACAUGUUCACACCUAUCGGGUCUUGGACCCAAUAGCAAGGUAGGUGUGAAUGGCGUUCAAGUAUCAGCCUCCCUUUCCUGAAUGACCACUUCACAUCUUUGAGUUUCAAUGGCUGUCUUGUUUCUCCUAAGGUAUACACUAUUCAUGCACAUUAAUCUUAACUAAGAAGAUGAAGGUACCAUAAAAUUCCUUUUUUUUUAGAUCUAAAUUUUGGAGAUUAUAUUCUCUAUGAUGGACACUUUGGUUAUUUUAAAUCUCUCGCUAUUGAAAGCACGCUGCAAUGAACGCUUUCCUUGCACCCUCCUGAGAUUAAAAGAUCAUCUAUUCACUGAGUAUUAAUGGGGUAAAACACAGGCAUGCCUCCCUAACAUAUGUAGCCUUAAGUCACACUUGCUGUAGUGGCUGCAUCUCAGUUUUGAAGUCUGGAUGCCAAAGCCAGUUGUACACGUAGGAGGACUGGACUGGCAGUGGCCUGUGUUGUGUGCUUUGAGAGAUGCCAGGCAUAUCCCCACCCCCAAGCUUACCAUAGUGCCUACAAUUUCAACAACAAAGAUUCAUUCCUUUGGGUUUGUACUUUGCUAUCUCAGGGAAAUCCUUUAAACAAAUCACUCCUCCCUAAUUAUGAUUAUUGUAGAAAAUUGAGAAUGUGCAGAGAAGUUAAUAAAUGAAAAUAGAAAUUACCUGUAGCUCACAACUCAAAAACCACUACAGUUAACGUUUUGGUAUUUUGUUCUCCUUUCCCAUACAUGAAAUUGAAAAGUUGAUUGUAUUAGUUUGUUUUCACGCUGCUGACAAAGGCAUACCCGAGACUGGGUAAAAUACAAAUGAAAGAGAUUUAAUUGUACAUAGAGUUCCAUAUGACUGGGGAAGGUCCAACAAUCAUGGUGGCGCAGAAAUUAGUCAGAUUUGCAUCCGUGUCCCACUAAUCCUGUAGGCUGAUAAUCUGGGCUCCCUCUCUCUAGUUUCCUCCCUAACCAAAUCCACCUUGCACACUAGUGUAAGACUGUUCCUCUUCAAACGCUGCUUCCAUUUUGUCACUACCCUCCUCUCUGUCUAGCUCAGCAUUGUCCAGUAGAAAUAUAAUACAAGGCUGGUCACAGUGUCUCACACCUGUAAUACCAGCACUUUGAAAGGCCAAUAUAGGAGGAUCACUUGAGCCCAGGAGUUCAAGACCAGCCUAGGCAACAUAGCAAGCCCCCAUCUCUACUAAAAAUAAAUUAGCUGGGCAUGGUGGCACCUGCCUAUUGUCCCAGCUACUCAGGAAGCUGAGAUGGGAAGAUUGCUUGAGCUCAGGAGUUUGAUGCUGCAGUGAGCCAUGAUGGCAUCACUGCACUCCAGCCUGGGUAAUAGAGACCCUGUCUAUAAAAAAAAGAAAAAGAAAGAAAAAAAUAUAAUGCAAAUCACCUAUGUAAGUUUAAGUUUUUAGUAGCUGCGUUAAAAAAAGAAACAGGUGAAACUGGCCAGGCACGGUGGCUCACACCUAUAAUCCCAGCACUUUGGGAGGCCGAGACAAGCAGAUCACAAGGUCAGGAGUUCGAGGCCAGCCUGACCAACAUGGUGAAACCCAGUCUCUACUGAAAAGAUGAAAAAGAAAAAUUAGCUGGGUGUGGUGGUGCACACCUGUAAUCUAAGCUAGUUGGGAGGCUGAACAGGAGAAUGACUUGACCCCAGGUGGCAGAGGUUGCAGUGAGCCGAGAUUGUGCCACUGUGCUCUAGCCUGGGCAAAAGAGCAAGACUCCAUCUGAAAAAAAAAUUUUUUUUCAGGCACCCAGCCUGAAAUCAAUUUUAAUAAUAUAUUUUCCUUAACCCAAUAUAUAUAACCCAAUGUCAACAAUGUUAAACAUUAUUAGUGAGAUGUUUUGCAAUAUUUUUCUAUAUAUGUAUUUUGAAAUCUAGUGUGUGUUUUACAAUCAUAGUACACCUCAAUUUGGUUUUUUGUGGCUUUAAAAAAAAAAUUUUUUUUUAGACAGAGUCUCACUCUGUCACCUAGGCUGGAUUGCAGUGGUGCUAUGUUGACUCACUGCAACCUCCAUCUCCCAGGUUCCAGCGGUUUUCCUUCCUCAGCCUCCUUAGCAGAUAGUAGAACUACAGGCUUGUGCCACCGGGCCCGGCUAAUUUAUUUUUUAUUUUUAGUAGAGACAGGGUUUCACUGUGUUGGCCAGGCUGGUCUCAAACUCUUGACCUCAAGUGAUCCACCUGUUUCAGCCCCCCAGAAUGCUGGGAUUACAGGCAUGAGCCACUGCACCCAGCCAGCACACCUCAGUUUGCUUGCUAGAUUUGCAAUGCUAAAAAGCAGAAUGUAGUUCUACCAAAACAUUAAAGUUUCUUUUAAUUUAAAAAUAAUACAGCUAAAGUUCCAAAUAUAGCUGGGUGUGGUGGCUCAUGCCUGUAAUCCCAGCACUUUGGGAGGCUGAGGCAGGCAGAUCAAGAAAUCAAGACCAUCCUGGCCAACAUGGUGAAACCCCAUCUCUACUAAAAAUACAAAAAUUAGCUGGGCAUGGUGGCAGGCACCUGUAGUCCCAGCUACUUGGGAGGCUGAGGCAGGAGAAUUGCUUGAGCCUGGGAGGCGGAGGUUGCAGUGACCUGAGAUCAUGCCACUGCACUUCAGCUGGGCAGCAGAGCAAGACUCCAUCUCAAAAAAAAAAAAUGUCCCAAAUAUAUACAGAAGUAUAAAAAAAUAGUAUAAUGGGCUGGAUGCAGUGGCUCACACCUGUAACCCCAACACUUUCAGAGGCUGAGGUUGCCAGAUCACCUGAGGUCAGAAGUUCGAGAUCAGCCUGGCAAACAUGGUGAAACCCCAUCUCUAAUAAAAAUACAGAAAUUAGCAGGGCGUGGUGGCGCACGCUUGUAGUCUCGGUUACUUGGAAUGUUGAAGCAGGAGAUUCGUUUGAACCUGGGAAGCAGAGAUUGCAGUGAGCUAAGACUGAGCCACUGCACUCCAGCCUGGGCAACAGAGUGAGACUCUGUCUCAAAAAAAAACAAUAUAAUGACCUCCCAUGUAUCUUUACCCAGUUUCAACAAGUAUUCAUAAUUCAUGACCACCCUGAUUUUAUUUUUAAUCACAGCCCUCCCCAACCCCUCCAUAUUAUAUAUAUAUACAUAUAUAUAUAUCUGUGUAUGUAUAUGUAUUUUAUUUUUUGAGAUGAAGUCUCACUAUGUUGCCCAUGCUGGAGUACACUGGUGCAAUCUCGGCUCACUGUAACCUCUGCCUUUUGGGCUCAGGUGAUUCUCUGCCUCAGCCUCCCAAGUAGCUGGGAGUACAGGCACACAUCACCAUGCCUGGCUAAUUUUGUAUUUUUAGUAGAGACGGGGGUUCACCACGUUGGCCAGGCUGGUCUCAAACUCCUGACCUCAGGUGAUCUGCCUGCCUAAGCCUCUCAAAGUGCUGGGUUUACAGGCGUGAGCCACUGCUCCCGGCCCCCCUCCAUAUUAUAUUGAAGCAAAUUCCAGAUAUCAUCGUUUUACCCAGAAAUAAUAUUUCAGUGUGUGUCUCCAAAAGAUAAGGACUCUUUUACAACAUAACCACAAUGGCAUUAACAUACCUUUCAAAGCUAACAAUUUCUUAGUCUCAUGAAGUAGCCAGUCAGUAUUCAAAUUGUCCUAAUGUGUGUAUAUAAAUUCUUCACUUCUCUUACCUAGUUUCAAACCCAUUCUUACCCUUUUACAUCCCUGUGUUUUUCUAUGUGUCAUCCCUUCUGCCUAGAUUGUUGUUGUUUUUGUGCGUAAGUGACAAGACACAGUCUUCUAGAUCUGUUCAAAUAUCGCUUCCUCCAGCAAUCUUUCCCUGGCAACACUCAGGAGUUAGUCAUCCCUACAGCACUAACACUCUGCACUCUGCGCUGGGUAUUUCUCUACAUGGUUGUCUGUUCUCCAGAUUGUGAGCUCUGUGAAGACUUGAACCAUAUUCUUGUGGCCUCUGAGAACCUCAGUACCUAGCAUGGUGCCUGGCCCACAUGAUUUGCUUCAAGCCAGCAUAUUAUUUCUAAGGAGGGGCUCCCAAGGCCUCUUCCAUAGUUCUUGGUGUUCAUUUAUCCUUUCCUAAAGUUCACUGUCUUUUGCAAAGAUAAUGUCCUCUCCACUUUCCCCAUUUGAGCUGGGAGCUGAUCAAAUGUUUUCAAUCUUUUGCUUUAAGAAGCCACUGGAGGCAGAAUUAAUUGGUUUAGAGGUGGUGUUUUUGUUUUUGUUUUUUUCUUUUUUAAGAUCCCAGGAUUGAUAUAAAGCAGAAAGACUGAGAAAGAGAAAGCCACUUAGUCAGCAGUCGCUCUGGGAUUAAUGUCGUAAGAGCGGUACAGAAUUUAAAAGCAAAAAGCAUUGUCCUCAUCCUCUAAUUGAAUAUGAUCCACAAACCUUCUGGUUCUCUGAGGAGGACCUUGGAAUGUGCUUGCAGUUUCCAGACUGUAAUUAAUAACAGUUCAAAUCAUAGUUUUCAAGUGAUUCUUUUACCUCAGAACCCCUUCCUCAGUUUUAUCCGCCUGGAAAUUCUGUUACACAGAUAAAAGCUCUGGUGGGGCCAGGUGCAGUGGCACAAGCCUGUCGUCUCUGCUUUUUUUUUUUUUGAGGCAGAGUCUCAUUCUGUCAUCCAGGCUGGAGUGCAGUGGUACCAUCUCGGCUCGCUGCAACCUCCACCUCCCAGAUUCAAGUGAUUCUCCUGCCUCAGCCUCCUGAGUAGCUGGGAUUACAGGUGUGAACCACCGCACCUAACAGAUUUUUUUAUGUUGAGUAGAGAAAGUGUUUACCAUGUUUGCCAGGCUGAUCUCAAACUCCUGACCUCAGGUGAUCCACCCGCCUUGGCCUCCCAAAGUGCUGGGAUUACAGGUGUGAGCCACCACACCUGGCCUAGUCUCUGACAUUUCACAGGCUAAGGUGGGAGGAUUGCUUGAGCCCAGGAGUUCAAGUUUGAGGCUUUAGUGCACUAUGAUUGUGCCUGUCAACAACCAUUGUACUCCAUCCUGAGCAACAUAGCCAGACUGUGGUGGAAAGAUGGCAGACAGGUCCCUGGGACUCAGUUUUAUUGGACCAUCUGCUAGGCCUUCCCGGACGUGGCUCCAGAGACACAGAUCCCAGAGCAGUUGCUCAGUCAUUCAUCAAUCUCUCAAUCUUCCACCAUACAACUGUUUAUUGAGUGCCUGCUAUGUGUGGUGCUAGAGGUACUGUACUGAACAAGACAGAUGAACUUCCAUUUUCUUGGAGUUUACAUUCUAGGACAGGCUUGAGAGAGAGGAGAAAUAAUCACUGUAAACCAGUGCAACGGUUUGAAUGUGUCCUCCAAAAGUUCAUGUGUUGAAAAGUUAAUUAUUAUUGUAACACUAUUCAGAGGUGGGGCCUUUCAGAGGUGAUUAUCAGGCCAUGAGUGCUCUCCCCUCAUGAAUGAAUGAAUGCUAUUAUUGAGUAGGUAGGUUACUUAUCAUGAGAGUGGACUCGAUAAAAAGGAAAAGUUUGGCCCAAUUUCUACACUGUGUGUUUUGCAUGUUCACUUGCCCUUCUGCCUUCUGCCUUCUGCCAUGGGGUGACCCUCUUCAAAUACCAGUGCCAUGCUUCUGGACUUCCCGGUCUCUAGAACUGUGAGCCACGUAAACAUCCGUUGUUUAUGAAUUACCUAGUCUGUGGUAUUCUGAUGUUGCAGCAGAAGAUGGACUAAGAGUGCCAGUGGUUGCCAAAUUUAAUUUUUGUCAAAAUCAAGUUGCUACAUACAGAUCUUUGGAUCCUAUGCUCACAAUUUCUGAUUCAAAAGGUCUAGAGUAGGGCCUGAGAAUAUGCAGUUAGAACUAGUUCCCGGUGAUGCUAAUACUGCUGGUCCCGGGACCAAACAUUAAGAGCUACUAAGGUAAACAAUCAAGGAAGUAAAAUACCUUCAGACACUGGUAAGUGCUAUGCUUUCGGAAAAUCAAAUAGGGUAACAGAAUAGGAAGUCAUCUGGUGGUGGGGGGCUACUUUAGGUUGGGUAGCCAGGGAAAGACUCUCGGAGAAGGUGACAUUUGAUAUGAGCAGGCCACCUAAAAAUCUGGGGGAUGGCCAUUCUAUGAAAAGAACAUAUCAAGUGGGUAGGUGCAGUGGCCCAUGCCUGUAAUCCCAGCACACUGGGAGGCUGAGGCAGCCAGAUCACCUGAGGCCAGGAGUUCAAGACCAGCCUGGCUAACAUGGCAAAACCUCAUCUCUACUAAAAAUACAAAAAUUAGCUGGGUGUGGUAGUGCACACCUCUAGUCCCAGCUACUCAGGAGGUUGAAGCAGGAGAAUCACUUGAACCAGGGAAGGGGAGGUUGUGAACUGAGAUUGUGCCACUGCACUCCAGCCUGGGUGACAAAGCAAGACUCUGUCUUGGGAAAAAAAAAAAAAAAAAAAGCCAGGCCCAGUGGCUCACAUCUGUAAUCCCAGCACACUGGGAGGCCAAGGCAGGCAGAUCACAAGGUCAGGAGUUCCAGACCAGCCUGACCAAUAUAGUGAAACCCUGUCUUUACUAAAAAUACAAAAAUUUAGCCAGGUGUGGUGGGUGCCUGUAAUUCCAGCUACUUGGGAGGCUAAGGCACAGGAAUUGCUUGAACCUGGGAGGUGGAGGUUGCAGUGAGCUGAGAUCACCUCACAGCACUCCAGCCCGGGCAACAGAGCAAGACUCAGUUUCAAAAAAAAAAAAAAGAGGCCAAGCAUGGUGUCUCUCAUCUGUAAUCCCAGCACUUUGGGAGGCCGAGGCGGGCAGAUCACUAGGUCAGGAGUUUGAGACCAGCCUGACCAACGUGGCGAAACCCCGUCUCUACUAAAAAUGCAAAAAUUAACUGGGCAUGGUGCCUCGCUCCUGUAAUCUCAGCUACUUGGGAGGCUGAGGCAAGAGAAUCACUUGAACCCUGCAGGUGGAGUUUGUGGUGAGCCAAGAGUUUGCCAUUGUACUCCAGCCUGGCAACAAAAAAAAAAAAAAAAAAAAAAUGACAUAGCAAGUGCAAAGGCCCUAAGCAGAAAAGCAGCACAGUUUGUGCUUUUUGUUUUAAGAAACAAAAUAAGACAUUCAAAGUGCCAGGACAGCUGCAGAGUUUUGUUUUUGAUUUUAUUUUUUGAAACCAACUUUUGCUCUUGUUACCCAGGCUGGAGUACAAUGGUGCAAUGUCAGCUCACUGCAACCUCCACCUCUCUGGUUCAAGUGAUUCUCCUGCCUUAACCUCCUGAAUAUCUGGGUUACAGGCACCUGUAGCAGGAGCAGCCGCGGGAAACGGAUCUCUCGAACGCCCAAUGGAGAAGGAAGAAGUUUAUUCGGCCGGGAGCCUGAGCAUAAUUUGUCCAAAGCUCAGCUCAUCUAACAAAGGAAGGUUCUGCCUUUAUAUAGGCUUAUUAUACUUUAGAUAUUACACGUGGAAGAAUCUUAGGUUUAUAGCUUUAGAAAUAACAUAAAAAAGGUCUCGGUUUACAGCUUCAGGAAUCACAUAUGAAAGGGUUCUGGUUCACAGUUUUCAGACUCAAGUGAAAAGGUUUCUGGUUUGAUCUUGUUUUAAGUAAAAAUAGUGCCUUCUGGAGAGUUUCCCCAAGACCAAGCCUGCCACCUACGGGAAGGUAAAACAGGAGGCACCAGUCAGUCAGCCUUUUCUUCUUUUGAAAUCCAGCGUGAUAGUCAAAGGGGAAGUUGAGCUGAGAUGCCUGGGUCUCCCUCUUCACACCCAUCACUAUGCCUGGCUAAUUUUGUAUGUUUUGCAGAGACAGGGUUUCGCCGUGUUGGCUUGGCUGGUUUCCAACUCCUGGCCUCAAGUGAUCCGCCUGCCUCAGUCUCUCAAAGUGCUGGAAUUACAGGCAUGAGCCUUUAUUUUACUUUUUUUUUUUUUUUUGAGAUGGAGUUUCACCCUUGUCGCCCAGGCUAGAGUGCAAUGGCACAAUCAUGGCUCACCGCAACCUCUGCCUCCCGGGUUCAAGCGAUUCUCCUACCUCAGCUCCCCGAGUAGCUGGGAUUACAGACAUGCGCCACCACAUCCGGCUAAUUUUGUAUUUUUCAGUAGAGACAGGGCUUCUCCAUGUUGGUCAGGCUGGCCUCAAACUCCCAACCUCAGGUGAUCUGCCCACCUCGGCCUCCUAAAGUGCUGGGAUUACAGGCGUGAGCCACUGUGCCUGGCUAUUUUACAUUUUAAAUAUGAAUUAUUUGCUCUUAAAUAUCUUUUUGGCUAUGGUGUGGAGAGUACCAUGGAGGAUGGUGGUGGUGAGGGUGGCAGGGUGUAAGGGAAAGCAACUAGAAACGGAGAGACCAGUCAGGAGGUCUUGCAAUAUCCUGGGGAGGGGAAGUAGCAAUGGAUACGGUGAGAAAUGGUCAGUUAUGCAGCAGUGAGGACUUGCUAAUGACAACGACACUUCGCAUAAUGUCUUGCACAUUGUGGGCAUUCAGCUAACAGUCAUCGAAGGAAUCAUGAAGUCCCCUUCCUUUCUGAGAUGCAUGAUUAUAAUCCUUCACUUUACUGAUAAAGCAAAGAAUAUUGUAAAUUAUUCUCCAAACUGGAUUCCAUUGUCUUGUUGGUAACAGUGGUUUUGUAUAUGUGUGGGAGGGUGGGUGUGCCUGUGUUACUUGAAUUUUUUUGGAUAUAAUAUUCCCCUCCACUCUCCAGCUCACUUAUUAAAUAUUGCACUCCUACCCCUUCCCUUUUUUUGGGGUACAAUGCAGGUUUCCAACAGCUUGCUAAGAAUUAUUUUCCCUUUGUAAAGCAAAUUGAGUGGGGGUGGCUCCAGAGCUCGGCAAUCCUCCUGGGAGGCGGAAGGGGUUGGUUGGUCUCUAGGGGCUCUGGUUGCUGGGAGAGGUGAAUUGUGAGUGCUGGUAGUGACAUGAAACUCAUCCUAGUGCACUGAGGGCAAUAAGCAAGUUAUUCCUUGAAGUCUAUUUCUUGGAAGUGUUUUUAUUGUUUCCACAGUAUUUCAUCCCUACUGCAACCAAAGGCAAUCAACAUAUGGGUUUAAUUUGACAAGGGAAAGGGCCAUAAACACCUGUAAAUUGUCAAAACUGGCAGAUGACAGCCCUGAUCUCUGCAAUAGCAAAGAUGAGCCAAGCAGCCAGCUUCGCACAUCAAAGAGAGCUGUCACACUGCUCAACUGAUUAUGCUGGUUAGGUGUGGAAGAAAAUAUCUCAAACACGAGUCAUCUCAUCCAAGGAAAUAAACCAUUGUUUCAGCACAAGUUUCAAAAAUGAAAUAAUAAUAAAAGCAGAAAAUCUGAUUUUUCUUUGCAGAGAUGACAUUGAAAUUUUUCCACCAGCCAAGAGGACUGAUUCCAAGUUCAGUUUUAACUUGCUUUCCUGCUGGGGCCCUGGAGGUCUGUGGAGCACAGUGGGCCUCCUGCUGAGCCUCUUCUCAGUCUCUCAGAGACUGCAUUUCUCCCUGCAUGUUUCCUUUCUGAAUACUGUUUUCUUUAUUUCUUCCUUUCUUUCACAGGGUCUUGCUCUAUCGCCCAGGCUAGAGUGUGGUGGCUCAAUCCUGUGGGACCAGAGGCAUAUGUGCCACCCUGUCUGGCUAAUUUGCUUUUAUGUUUUUAUAGAGAUGGGGGUCUUACCAUGUUGGCCAGGCUGGUCUUGAACUCCUGGGCUCAUGUGUUGGCCCCUCUCAGCCUCUCAAAUUGCUGGGAUUACAGGCAUGAGCCACCGCACCUGGCCUCUCAAUGCCAUUUUCUAGGUGUCUCAGGAUAGCAUUUUCAUUUAUGUCUGUCUUUAUUGCUUUCCUGAAAACCCAUUUCUUCUCUCUCCCCCUUGUAUAGGCAUGUAUUACAAAUCUUAAAUAGCAAAACAUAAAACUAUCCAAAGGCUGUGCAUGGUGGCUGACACCUGUAAUCCCAGCACUUUGGGAGGCUGAGGCGGGUGGAUCACCUGAGGUCAGGGGUUCGAGACCAGCCUGAUCAACAUUGUGAAACCCUGUCUCUACUUUAAAAAUACAAAAAUUAGCCAGGCAUGGUGAUGCAUGCCUGUAAUCCCAGCUACUCAGGAGGCUGAGGUAGGAGAAUCCCUUGAACCAGGGAAGUGGAGGUUGCAGUGAUCCAAGAUUGUGAAGCUGCACUCCAGCCUGUGCAACAAGAGUGAAACUCCAUCUCAAAAAAGAGGAAUUGGCCAGUAUGGUGGCUCAUGCCUGUAAUCCCAGCACUUUGGGAAGCUGAGGUGGGCAAAUCACAGGGUCAGGAGUUCGAGACCAGCCCGGCCAAUAUGGUCAAACCCCAGCUCUACUAAAAAUACAAAAAUUAGCUGGGCGUGGUGGCAGGCACCUGUAGUCCCAGCUACUUGAGAGGCUGAGGCAGGAGAAUCGCUUGAACCCAGGAGGCAGAGAUUGCAGUGAGCCAAGAUCACGUCACUGCACUUCAUCCUAGGCGACAGAAUGAGAUUAAAUUAAAAAAAAAAAAAUCACCAGGCGGUGCUCAUUUAAGUUCAAGGCUGCAGUGAGCUAUGAUUGCGCCACUGCACCCCAACCUGGGUGACAGAGUAAGACUGUCAGAAAAACAAAAAAGCACUUAUUAUCCAACAUGCAAUAUGUUUUCUUGUUUAAAGUCUCUCUCCCAACCCUAGAAUGUAGUACCAUGAGGACAGGGACUUUUUUUUUUGAGACCAUUUCACUCUGUCACUCAGGCUGGAAUGCAGCGAUCUUGACUCACUGCAACCUCCACCUCCUGGGUUCAAGUGAUUCUCCUGCCUCAACCCUCCCAGUUAGCUGGGAUUACAGAUGCAUACCAGCACACCCAGCUAAUUUUGGAGGUAUUUUUAGUAAAGAUGGGGUUUCGCCAUGUUGGCCAAGUUGGUCUUGAACUCCUGGCCUCAAGUGAUUCACCUGCCUAAGCCUCUGAAAGUGCUGGGAUUACAGGCAUGAGCAACCGUACCCAGCCAGGGAUUGUCUUUUCUGUUCAUUGCUAUAUUCCCAGCACUUAGAACUUUACCUAUAAUGUAUAGGUAACAAGUGCUCAAUAAAUACUUGUUGAAUGAAUGAACGACUACACUUGUAAGAGGUGAAUUUGAGUUUCAGGCUGGAAAAACAAAGCAGAAGAGGAGAAAAGGUUGAUGUCUAUAUCAGGAAAGCAAAAACUUUUCCAGAAAUCCCUAGCAGAUUUCUACUUACAUCUCCUUAGCCAAAACCAUGUCACAUGGCAACCCAUUGCUGUCAUAUUCAUCAAAAAGAUGAGUAUUUCUACCUGGGCACACUGCCUUCCUUGAACAAAAUUAUCUUUUAAGCAAGGAAGAAGGGAAGAAUGAAUAUUGGAAAGGCAAUCUGUAGUGUCUACCAGUGGGUUUAUCCUGGACAUGAUCAAGCAGAAUCUGAGAGUGGUUAUUUAUUUAUUUAUUUACUUAUUUAUUUACUUAGAUGGAGUUUCACUCUUGUCAUCCAGGCUGGAGUGCAAUAGCGCGAUCUAGGCUGACUGCAACCUCCGUCUCCUGGAUUCAAGCAAUUCCCCUACCUCAGCCUCCUGAGUAGCUGGGAUUACAGGCACCUACUACCAUGCCUGGCUAAUUUUUGUAUUUUUAGCAGAGAUGGGGGUUUCACCACAUCGGCCAGUCUGGUCUCAGAUUCCUGAAUUCAGGUGAUCCACCCACCUCAGCCUCCCAAAGUGCUGGGAUUACACAUGUGAGCCACUGCACCUGGCCGAGGAUGGUAAUUUUGAUGCAAGGACCCUUGGACCACAUUGUAAGAAAAAUGGCUGGGGUAGGCCAGGCGAGGUGACUCACGCCUGUAUUUCCAGCACUUUGGGAGGCCAAGGAGGGUGGAUCACAAGGUCAGGAGGUCAAGACCAGCCUGGACAAGAUGGUGAAACCCCGUCUCUACUAAUAAAAAAUACAGGCUGGUCUUGGUAGCUCAUACCUGUAAUCUCAGCACUUUAGGAGGCCAAAGCAGGUGGAUUACAAGAUCAGGAGUUCAAGACCAGCCUCACUAAUAUGUUGAAACCCCAUCUCUAUUAAAAAUAACAAAAAUUAGCCAGGCGUGGUGGUGGGUGUGUGUAGUCCCAGCUACUCAGGAGGCUGAGGCAGGAGAAUCGCUUGAACCCGGGAGGUGGAGGUUGCAGUGAGAUGAGAUCCCAGCACUGCACUCCAGCCUGGGUGACAGAGUGAGACUCCAUCUCAAAAACAAAACAAAAUGAAAAAGAAAAACAACAAAAUUAGCUGGGCGUGGUGGCGGGCACCUGUAAUCCCAGCUAUUUGGGAGACUGAGGCAGAGAAUUGCUUGAACCCGGGAAGGUAGGUUGCAGUGAGCCAAGAUUGUGCCACUGCACUCCAGCCUGGGUGACAGAGUGAAACUCUGUCUCAAAAAAGGAAAACAAAAAAUGGCCAGGGUAAUAGAAUGAGCCCAGAUUGAAUUUUUUUUCUCUCUCUCUUUUUUGAGAUGGUGUCUUGUUAUGUUGCCCAGGCUGAUCUUGAAUUCCUGGACUCAAGUGACCCUCCUGCCUUUAGCCUCCCGAGUAGCUGGGAUUUCAGGCAUGUGCCACCAUGCCUGGCUCCAGAUUAAAAUUUUCUAAAGCCAUUCCUAGGUGAUGGACACACUGGUGAAGAACAUCUGUUGUCCUGGCUGCCAAGGGCUCAUUCUACUCCACUCCCACUCCCAUUCUCUUUUUUGAGAAAUACUUUUAUUUCCACCUCAUCCCUCCCCCAUCUGCAUGGGUGCAGCCAUGGGACUCUUGGAGGUUUUGUUCGUACAUCAUAUUCCCACCCACCUGACCCAAACUGCUCAAUCAGAGUCUCAUUCCCAUGAAUUCGGCAUUGGGACUGAGAUGCUAAACCUCUCCAGAUGGCUGGAUCAUGUACACAGGAGAGCUGCCAACAGAUGUAUUUCCUACAUCGUGAACUGGAGCAGCUGAAGACAGAGUGUGAACCCCUCACAGAAGGCAGUGUGAUUAAACAGAGAGGGUCUUCGUAGUGUUUGAGUCCCCGGUACUAGGUCAUUCCUGAGGCCUGGGUCUGUCCUUGCCCUUGGAUGCCACAGCACACUUCUGGGUCGGACCAGCUUAAAUAAUUCUUUAGUUGUGGCCAAGAGUUCUAACACUCACCCUACUCCCCCAAGGGGACAGAAGGUAGUGUUUUCUACACCCCAGCUCUAGGUUCUGAGAGCAGAAAGAAAAAACUCUGUGGAGAGCAGGUGUCCAGUUUUGGAGGAAGAAGUGAAACAUGGCAGUUUCUUUGUCAACAAACUGUCUAUCAACAAAAGACCAAGAGCCCUGGGCCAAGGGAGAGUCUACCAUCUGGCUGUUUCUGUGGGGCUCAGGAAAACCACAUGCUGUACAGGCGCUCCCACUGCUGACAAAGGAAUUAGUGGUUUUACAAUAGGAUCUGCAGGCAAGGGUCUGCAGAUCUGGUCUAAUGCCCAACCUUGCCCAUGGAGAUAAAUCACUCUGUCCUGUCCCUGGCUGUCACCACUUGGGAACCAUGUACAGUGCCUGUCAGUUUUCCUGAGGUACACACAGGCUAGAGAAGUAGUGUGGCAAAGAGGGGAAAACAUGGGUUCUAGAGCCUGCAAGCCCAGCUUCAUCACGAACUGGGUCUUUAGCCCGUUGGUUAAUUUCCCUUACGUCCAUCUCUAAAUUGGUCACUAUAAUCCUCUCACUAGGAGAAUGAAAUGACAUGAGAGUGUGAGUGUGUGUGUGUGUGUGUGUGUGUGUGUGUGUAAAGCACCUAACAUAAUACCUAGCAAACAUCCCCGAAGCAGGAGAGCCACUCCGGCCCUGGAAUCCUGUUAAAGAUCAGGGAGAGAAGCUGGCACAGACACAGGACAUCCCUCCAAGAAAGCUGUCAGUGCCAAAUAGCUGGUUUACUGCCAGUUUUUUGCGCCAGACAAAGCUCAGUGCUCCCUUAGGAGUCAGGGUUCAAGGCUUGGUGUUGGUUCUUUAUCAGUAACUACAUUUCAUUUCCUCUGAGACCUCCACACUACAGAGAACUAGUGGUGAGAACCCAGCAGGAGGGAACAGAGGUCCCAAGAAGAGUCUCUCCUUUUUUUGGAAACAGAGUUUCACUCAUGUUGCCCAGGCUGGAGUGCAGUGGCGCGAUCUCGACUCACUCCAACUCCGCCUCCCAGGUUCAAGCAGUUCUCCUGCCUCCGCCUCCCAAGUAGCUGGGAUUACAGGUGCCUGCCACCACGCCUGGCUAAUUUAUGCAUUUUUAGUAGAGAUGGGGUUUCACCAUGUUGGCCAGGCUGGUCUCAAACUCCUGACCUCAGGUGAUUCACCCGCCUUGGCCUCCCAAAGUGCUGGGAUUACAGGUGUGAACCAAUGGGCCCAGCUGAUAUACUCUUGAGCCCCUAGUGGAAAAACAAGGAAGAGAAAGGAGAAAAUGAAAAAGGGAGGGAGUAAAAGUAGAAAGAAACAAAGGGAAGAGAAGGCAGGCAGUCAACUCCGUGACGAUACUCAUUCCUUUAUUGUCAGAUGUGUUGAUUGGAACAGGGCUGGGGCCUGCAAGCUGCUGGCAGCACCCAGCUGCAGGUGCAUUUCAACUCAACAGAGGCCCCCAUCCUAUGCCAAGGGGACAGAGGGGAAUGUUUUAUAUAUAUAUAUAUUUAUAUAUUACAUAUGUCCCGUAUAGUCAUAUGUAUAGAGUGACAAGAAUGGGCCACUGUGUUGUUAACUGUUGUCCUAAAUAAAGACCAUAGCAACACACAUGGGAAUUUGGUCCUAAUCAAGGCCCUUACUUCGUCAAUCAAAUGUUUGAUACACCAAAAGGAAAAGGAGAGAAAGAGAGACAGAGACUGAGAGCCAGCCACCCCUAGUGGCCCUGUUCCCAGCAAAUCUUACACUGAGUGUAGUGUGUCUCCUGUGGAGGUAAACACACACACAAACACACACACUCAUACACACAUACACAAAACCGCAGGCAGGAGCUCCUCCUCCAACCAUACCUUGGGCCCAGCCCUCGGACUGGGGGUGCUGAUUCGGGUAUAUUGUGCUAUAAGACUGUGAGGGAGGAGUGACAGGACAAUGCAGGGGCAAUGUGUCCAAGUGAUGAAUGGGGUGACAUGUGCUGCUUUGUCCACAAACGAGAAAGAGGUCAGUGGGAGAGGCUGUGCAAUGCAGCCCUGGAGGUCCCCCGCGCCCAGGCCACCUGGGGAAUUUCUACACACGACUCCUGUCCCAGCCACAGUCGAACCUCUGAUCUGAAUCCCGAGUCUCAAAUAAUCUCUUGGGCUCUGAUGAGAACCGUGAUUUCCUGGAAGGACAAGAGCAAAUGGCAACUGGGUGGCUCAACCCUCUAGUCCAGUAAUGAAGCAGAAAUGACAGCGUCGUGGAGUUAAAGCAGACCCAAGCGUGAUCCUCAGAGCAGAACUUGAAUGAUGUAAGAAGGGUUCAUUUCCUGAAGGAAAGAGAAUAACCCUGCCGCCAGCUCCCACGCCCCCCGUUUCAGGCAGAUCUGUCAGUCUCACGGCUUCACCCCAAUGACAGCGCUCUUCAUAUUCUAGGAACUGGAGACUUGCACUAUUCGGGCACUCUGAAAUCCUAUCUCACUCCCUUGCUUUCCUUAUUACCUCUUCACCCCUCCACCAAAAUAUACACUUAAAAAGCCAGUCAAUAAACGUUAACCAUUUUUUUUUUUUGUAGAAAUUUACUUAUCACUUGAGAUACCUGGAGACAAUUUGGGCCAUCACAAAGGAAGAUCCUCCCUACCUUUGAGAUGCUGCAAUGCCCCGGUCCACAGUCUUAUGGGCAGCUAAUAACAGGGUUUCCAGCAGGAUCUUGGUGGCACUUCCACCUUUCAUCUGGGAGGAGCUGCUGAGACCCUCAGGCUGAAUGACGCGAAGACACCCAAGAGGAAUUGGGAGAGGAUAAAGUCUCCGGACCGCUUGUUAGUGACCCCCAGGCGUGUAUGUGAUGGUACUGCUGGCCCCCAGUGUGCCUGUGAGGAAGGGUGCUGGGGUGGGCUUGACUAAGAGGAAGAUUGGAAAGAGGGAAAAGGCCUGCUCUGGUCAUUCCUGGGUAUAUAUUUAGGCUUCUCUGGGGAGGAAGUCACAGUGAUUGGGUCUCUUGUCAGCUGGGUCAAGGGUUUUUCAUAAAGUGCUUUCCUUUUCUUUUUUUUUUCCUUUGAGACAGAGUCUUGCUCUGUCGCCUAGGCUGGCUGGAGUGCUGUGGUAUAAUCUUGGCUCACUGCAACCUCUGCCUCCCAAAUCCAAGAGAUUCUCCUGCCUCAGCCUCCCGAGUAACUGAGAUUACAGGAAGCUGCCACCACACCCAGCUAAUUUUUGUAUUUUUAGUAGAGAUGUGGUUUCACUGUGUUGGCCAGGCUGGUCUGGAACUCCUGACCUCAAGUGAUCUGCCCACCUUGGCCUCCCAAAGUGCUGGGAUUACAGGUGUAAGCCACCACACCCGGCCCAGAGAGUGCUUUUCUUUCUAAGAAAUUUCUCCCCCACCUCUCCCACCUCUACCAUUUUUUGUGGUAGUUUAUCAAUCCAAAUACCACAUGUCAUAUGCUUUGGACAGGGGUCCAGAUGUGGAACACAGCACACCGGACAGCAAAGAGAUUCCGGCAAACAGAAUGAUAACAGUAAUGAUGAGAAAAGAAGAUUGAAAGUCAACAUUUGCAGAGAGGAGGAAAGAGAGACGAGUAUUUGGGAGGUCAAAGCUGUGGAAUUCUUACAUCAUACGGAAUUCUACCUUCCUAUCUCACAAAAGGAAGAUGGAGGAGAAUGUCUCAGAUCACAUGGCCAUCACUGGUAGAGGGAGGCACCGGCUGGAAUUUGGCUAAGGCCCUCCUAAGGCGCAAGUGAGGAGAAAUGGUGCUAGUGAAAUGUAUCUGCAAUCCAGAUGAGAAAAAAGAAACAGGAGAAAACAGCUUUCUUUUUUUUUUUGAGACAAAGUUUCACUCUUGUUACCCAGGCUGGAUGCAAUGGCGCGAUCUCGGCUUACGGCAACCUCUGCCUCCUGGGUUCAGGCAAUUCUCCUGCCUCAGCCUCCCAAGUAGCUGGGAUUACAGGCACGCACCACCAUGCCCAGCCAAUUUUUUUAUAUUUUUAGUAGAGACGGGGUUUCACCUUGUUGACCAGGAUGGUCUCGAUCUCUUGACCUCGUGAUCCACCCGCCUUGGCCUCCCAAAGUGCUGGGAUUACAGGCUUGAGCCACCGCGCCUGGCCGAAAGCAGCUUUCAAGCUAAGAAGGGCCAGCCAAUUUUGGAGAGGAUUUAGAAGGCAGAAUGAAACAAAACUGCACCCCAUUUUUUAAAGCCCGUAUUUAAAAUGUAAAUAUGUAAGACAGACAGACUGAGACAUAACCGUGGCUAUUCACCGCUGUCUAUACAUAGAUGGCAAAGAGCUUCUUUAAACAGAAACUGCCCAGACCACUAAAGUGUUUAAUGAUUACCGGUUUGAGAGACAGGAUAGGAAUGAAGACAAAAUAUCUUAUGGUGAAAAAGUAAAUGGGAAAAUAGGAUUUGGUUUAUAACAUCUUAGCUGACUCACAAUGCCUCAGGAAUUUAAACAAGAUGUAACAGAACCUAAAAUCAGAGGCCCCAAGGAAGUGGCAAGCAGUUCCCAGGUGUUGGCGGGUUGGAGAACAUAGGAAAAGGAGAAGCCCUACCCCGAUGGCAGGAUUGAGCACAAAAGCUUUCUGUUUCUGCUGCAUUUUCUGCAUCCGCUCUGCCACUUGUCGGAAUGUUGAACUCCAGUCUUCAAUGGGGUCAUUUCUGGGGUCCAGAGAGACACAAGGUGGGGAUAUUGUCUAUGAGGAUUUCAAAGAAGGGCCUCAGCUGGGAGUCAUGAUCAAGGACUGCUUUGGGAUUGAGGUCAGAGGUCAACAACUUCACACAAACGUAUGCUUUGGAGCUUUUAGAGGCACUGUGUCCCUGAACCCCAAGGACGGGGGUUAAUAAAACAUUCAGCACCUCAAGCCCAGAGCAAAGCCAACACUCAAGUUUAAAGUUCCAGCCUGAGACCCAGACUGUCUUGCAUAAGCCCCAAUGCCAUGGCCACACUAACCUCACCCUCUGCAGGCCUCUUAGGGAAUCCUGUCAUUCAAAUGUCAAAGUUGCCACCUUAUUUUCCAUCUUAAGGUUCAUCAGAAGCCCUUGCCAUUCAUGGAAAUACAUUCUGGAAAUCCCUUCGAAGAGUGAACCCUCAGUACUGGAGGGAGGGAUGACGGUGAGGGAACCGAGCUGCAAGGUAGGUGUAGCACCUCACGGUUGUCAAACGUUUCUUGAAUGAAUUAAUCAGGAACAAAUGAAUGUGUUAAUGAGGCAGACUUGUUAUCUGCUUAGUUACAAAUCAUGGAAUCUCAAAGAAUGAGGAUCUUCUUUAGUUGAUUUCUAAUGGCUUUGCUAGGGGAUAAUUUGUGAAUCGCCCAUUAUGGCAGGACCUCAAAGAGUUAGUUACCUCUGUACAUGGCACCCCACAUUUCGCCUUACCAUCCAAUCCUGCGAAGGUUCCAUCCCGUCUUGAAUUAUUUUUGUAUCACUGCUAGGGCAGAGGAGUUUCACAUAUUUUAUGCCCAUGGUGUAAAAUACCUCCUGUCAUUUGUCCUCAAACUAUUUCUAAAACUUGCUAGAGAUCUAAGAAAGAGGAGACCAAAGCAGAAAGCAGAGACAGCGUUCAUAUUGCAUGGUUUAACGUCUAGAUUCCUAAACACAGCUGGGCAUCUAAAUCAUCUGGGGAGUUUUGUUUUUUAAUAACUAUGCAUUUCUGGGUACCACAUCCACCCUAAGAUUCAGAUUCAGUAGUUCUGGAGUGGAGCUCCAAAAUCUGUAUUUUUAGAAAGCUUCCCAGGUGACUCUGAAUAUCAGCCAAGUUUGGGAGCCACUGAUUUAAGGAACAACUGGAAGAUCUCCACGCCUACACUGUUUUGAAAGUCUUCAUUUCACCUAGUCAUAGGGCCUGAAAUUAGCAUCCACUGCAGCAGAUACAUUUUUGGUGAAGGAGGGCCCUCCCCGAAAAAGAUCAGGGUUAGGGUAUUUCAGAUUCAUUUACACCAUUGCAUGAGUUAUACAGCCUAGAAUCUGGGAGGUGGAAAAGCACCUUUGAAAAACCCGCUGGUCUCCCUUCCCAAGACCGCCACUAAAUAAAAAAAGCUGCUCUAAAAUUUUCAACAAGCCUCUGCCAUACCCCCCUGGUGUCAGGAAGCCCUCAGCUUUGUCAGGUAGCCCACUCCAAUGGCUUAUUUAGCAGAGUUCCUCAGUUCUGGCUCUGCAUCAGAAUCUCUAGGGAUGCUUUCAAAAAAUAGAUAUUUCAGGGCCUUACUCCAAACCUACAAAACCAGACGUCUCGCACAAGGAACUAAGAAUCCUCUUUAUUUUUCUGUAACACUCCCUCCAGGCAGCUCAUGCACAGAACCACAUCUGAGCAUGGGAGGUGGAGGCUGCAGCGAGAUGAGAUCAUGCCAUUGCAGUGCAGCCUGGGUGACAGAGCGAGACUCAGUCUCAAUAAAAGAAAAAAAUUUUAAAAACAGGCAGCUGGCUGCAUUGGCCAGCCGGUAUAGUUUGCUUACCCUUGGACCAGUCCACCUCUCUUGGUUGCUGAUUGAUUGAUACAGUUAUUCUGAAAUUGAAUCCCUUCCCAUCUUCCCACAUUCAUACAACUCGAUCCAAGUUAGUGAAACGAAAACCAAAAUUCCUUGAGCAAACUUCCUGCUUUCUAGCGCCCACCUCAUUGAUCUAUCUUCCAUGCUAUUCCAUUCCCACUCACUUCUUCUCUCUAAAAUUCAUUCACUCAACCCAUCUUUCUACUCACAGAGAGUCCCACAGAAAUGCCAACGACAAUCACCCUCUUCUUCCCGGCAUCCACCUAGGAGAAGAGGAUGGACAACGCAGUGUAACUGGGAGGAUUCCAGGCACAAACCUACUGUGUGAGGGUAUCAGGGCCAGGAACAGGGGAGGGAGGGAAUAGGCUUUGGCUGAAUGCUGGGGCUUUUAUGUCCCCAUGAGAAGGAACAGAUAGAGGUCUCUGGUCAAGUAUCAGUGGGAAGCACAGACCUUUUUCAGUUCCUUAAUCGAGUGCAAAGCACUAUCUUCCGUCCCCUCCCUAGAGGCCACCACAGACUCGAGGUCAGUGGCACUGGUUGGGAAGAAGAAGCCUAUGGUUUAUUAGGGCAGGCUACAUUAAGAGAUGGGAAUAAAGGGAAAACUAUCAUUGAAUGAGCACCCACUGUUUGUUGGGCACCAUGAUAGACACUCCAUAGAGUUGAAAAACCCAAAUAACCCAAAUACCUGCAACAGCCGGUCAGGUGACAUAAGUAUGUAAAGUGGACCAAGUGUAAGUCAAUAAGGAAUGGGGGGACUAAGGCAAGCUGGACUCAAUCUCUGCCCAAAGGCAUUCAGCUCAAUUUCUAAGAAGCGCUAUUCAGGCCAAACAAAAUAUUCACAGCCUAACUUGGCUUACCUGUCACCCCCUACAAUGAGGUAGGUGUAAAGAGGUUUCUGUCUCAGAGCUUCCAUCAGCUGAUUAAAGGACACCUGUCAAGGAGAGAGGAUGUGAAGGGGUAAUGACAGAGAAGAAACAAUUAUCUUGGAUUUUCAACUCCUAGAGGACAGACACUAUAUAACGAUUCUCUUAGACCAGUGCUUAACCCAGUCCUACAUGGAAUCUGGCGCUUAAAGCUGCCACUUGGGGAUGAUUAGUUGGCAGUGCAUGGGAUAUAGAGACAUUGACAACAGACUGGUGGGACUCAGAUGGGCUCAGAAGAAAUGGGACUUCAUGGUGACGCCUAGCUUUUGGAAGAGAGAGAGCGCCACACUUGGUCUAGUGAGGGGGGCCCCUGGGAGCUCAGUUAUGGUGAUCUUUAUGGUCCUGAGGGUCACCUCAAGAAGUGGAGAGGUAAGAAAACCGGGGACCACGGUGCUCACUGACAUGAGGAAUGCCAUCCGGCCAGAGGUGCCCCCUCCACUCAAUACAACCAGCCCCCCAUCUGGCUCCUGAAGAAGGAAAAAGGCGUAUAUCACCAGGGCCUGGCUUAGGUUGGGGGAAGCAUAUUCUUUGUCAGUAAUGCAAGAGGAACUGAAAAGGCUCCUUAUCCCUCCUCUCAUCACAAAAGUGAACAAAUACAUGCAGUGUAGUGUAGAAAAAGAACACCGGAUUAGAGAAACCAGUUUGACUCCCAGGUCUUGCUCCACUACUGAUUCGAAUCCUUACUUAUCCCUGAAAGAAGGAAAGCAGCUUUGUCAUCUAAAUAAAAGCACAUAAUAAAAGCAGCGUUAUCCAGCAAUUAUUAGCUGGGUGUAUUUGACAAGCUACAGUGAUUAUCUUUCUAAGUCUUUGUUUUUUCACCUGAUAAAAACAACAAACAGAAAUCAUGUCAACUUCACGGGUUUUUGUGAGGUAAUAGCUGUGAAAGUAGACUGUGAAUUACAAAGUGUUAAGCAGAGAAUUAUUGUUAAUAAUAAGAUAAAAAUAAGGAUCCAAAAGGGAGGAUCUUCAAAAGGGAGAAAGGAGGAUGCGAUCUGUAAAAGUGAGAAAUAGAGACCAACGAAAGAGAAAGAGGGAAACAGAAAAGUUGAGGCAGGGAGCAGAAGGAAGGUUGUACCUUCAGCACUUCCUGAACUUUCCCGGCCACUUGUACCAUAGUGGUCAGAAUGGAUUCUCUGUAGAGCCUCUGUAGGGGACAGGCAGGAAUCAGAAGCCAAGACGAGGAGGACGGUGGAUUGGGGAGGGAGUCUCAGGGUUUCCAGUAUUAGGAGCCAUGGUCAGGGAGUGCAGAGGUGGGAUUGGGGUUAGCAUGUUUAUUAGCAGGGUGCAGGGCAUGGGUCUGGGUUACCUGGUAUGUGGGCAGAGCUUGCCCCUCCUCCUGGAAGAUCUCAGCAUCACAUUGCCCCAGCAGUCGAACAAUUUUCUCAGCAUCUGCUUUGUCCAGGUCCCGGGUCAGUGGAUUUGACUUCUCUGUGAUUGGCACAGCUGUCUCAUACCCAGACAACUAGAAGGAAGAGGGGACAAGGACUGAGCAGGAAGCCACAGCCUCAUUCAUGCCUGCUGAGCUGGAGGAGGGAGUGGCAGCAGGUGGGAAAUCUGCGGCACAGAUAAACCAGUUUCUCCAAAACCACAGGGUAAGUGGCAGAGCUUUAGAAAAACAAAAACAAAACAAUACAAAACAAAGCGAAAAGAAAGGAAUAACAAUUUUUCUAAAAAAAAGCUGGGCCGGGCGCGGUGGCUCAGGCCUAUAAUCCCAGCACUUCGGGAGGCCGAGGCGGGUGGAUCACGAGGUCAUGAGAUAGAGACCAUCCUGGUCAAAAUGGUGAAACGCCGUCUCUACUAAAGAUACAAAAAAUUAGCUGGGCAUGGUGGCGCGUGCUUGUAAUCCCAGCUACUUGGGAGGCUGAGGCAGGAGAAUUGCCUGAACCCAGGAGGCGGAGGUUGCGGUGAGCCAAGAUCGCGCCAUGCACUCCAGCCUGGGUAACGAGUGAAACUCCGUCUCAAAAAACAAACAAACAAACAAAAAAGCCAUAGGUCUCUGAGCUUUGAUUCUCCCUAGAAGCCCAAUACUCUUAAUCUCUGUGUCUCCAGGUUUUAACUAGACACAUAAGAGAUGCUCAAUAAACAUUUGCUGAACAAAUGAAAGAAUGAAUGAGAAAACGAACGUAAUUAAAUUACGAAUGGGAAAGAGACUUAAAAGCUGACCCAGUCUAUGUUAAAGCAAUUAUUAUCUCCAUCACUCUGUCCCCUCUCUUAGCCCCUCUGGCACUGGAUGUGAAAUUCCUCCUGCCAAAUUGGCUCUUCCACGCGGGGAGGAAGGGGAUCUCCCAGGUGCCGGAGACCCUCGCACCCGAGCCUCCCCCCCAAGCCCCAGCCGGCUCCGCCGUCUGAGCUGGGAGAGAAGGGAUAAGGGAUGGGGGCCCCGGAGGUGAAGGAGCCCGGCGAAGACGGGGGUGGAGGGCUGGAGGGGAAUGACGGCGGCCACACCCCCGGCGGGGCGGGGCCGGCCCGCGGGUCCCCGCGCGUCCCGGUCGGUCUGCGGCGGAGCAAGCGGGGCCAGCGCUGCAGAAGGCGGCUGGCUCUCCGGGAGGGUCACAUCCCGCUGCAGGGGCGGACCCGGGCCAGCGUCCGGGCAACGCCCCCAGCUUCGGGAGAGACUCCCCGCCCGCCAGAGCUCUGAGGGCUCCGCAGACCAGGCCCGCGUCAGGAUGGGGUAGGGGCAGCGCCACCGAGUCGGGCGAUGGGCUGCCCUCUGGGCACCGAGCAGCCCCCGGAGGCCUGACAGACCUCGAAGACCGUCGGAGGAGCCCUGCCUGGAUGUCAAGCGGAUGCCCCAGUGCCCCCCACCCCCGGGCUCGGUGGACAUGGCUUCGCUGAUGCCCCUUUCCCCAUAUCUAAGCCCCACGGUCCUCCUGCUGGUCAGCUGUGACCUGGGCUUUGUGCGAGCAGACCGGCCUCCCUCUCCUGUGAAUGUGACGGUCACUCACCUCAGAGCCAACUCGGCCACUGUGUCCUGGGGCGUCCCAGAAGGCAACAUCGUCAUUGGCUACUCCAUUUCCCAGCAACGGCAGAAUGGCCGCGGGCAGCGUGUGAUUUGGGAGGUGAACACCACCACCCGGGCUGGUACCCUCUGACGCCUGGCUGAAGACAGUGACUACACAGUGCAGGUCAGGAGGAUCGGCCUUCGGGGAGAGAGCCCCCCAGGGCCCCAGGUGCACUUCCGAACUCUCAAGGGUUCUGACCAGCUAACUUCAAACAGCUCAGGCCCAGGUGACAUCACAGGGGAGGGUCUUGAUGGAGAGCGACCACUGCAGACUGGGGAAGUGGUCAUCAUUGUGGUGGUGUUGCUCAUGUGAGCUG